UCAACUCCAUUCUUAAUUGUACCAAAAUUCAUCAUCACUCAUCAAUAUUUUAAUUAAAUAUCGUAUUCGAAACAUAAUUUUACAUUAAUUCUUUAAAAACGACUCAUUUUUUCAAAAAAAAUUAAUCUAAUCUUGUCACUCAUAGAUGUCACUAUUAUGAAUUAACAAUAUGUCAAUUAAAACGUCAACAUAACCUAACAAAAUUCAGUGCAAUCUCUCAAAACACAAAAAGUAAUGUAGUUAUUUUCGAUAUAAUCGCACAAAAUGAGCACGAAAGACGAUGGUAACGUAAACGGUGAUUGCACGGAAAAUAAAUCUGGUGAUAUCUUAAAAGAUCUUAGCGAUAGGGUGGGUGCUUUAUAUCAUUUUAGAGAUCAUUACUUUGAAACGCACGACCUAAAGGAGUCCGUCAAUAAAACGCACGAUGUCGAAGUAGAAUUAAAUAAAAUCGUUCCCGUCUUCGAUGAAUACAAAGACUGUUUAGAUAAUACAACGCGUGCUAAUUAUUAUUAUUUACUUGGUAAAGCGUUAAAUGUCGUGCCAAAAUACGAUAGGAAAGUGGAAGAAAAUUUAUCAAAAUGUCUCAAAUUAAAUCCGAAAUUGGUUAACGCUUGGAAUGAAUUGGGGGAGUGUUAUUGGAAAAACGAUAACUUAAAAGAGGCCACAAAUUGUUUUAAUAAAGCUCUAUCAUUAGGAAAAAAUAAAAUAGCUUUAAGAAAUUUAUCAAUGUUAGCACGUCAAAAUAGUUUUAACACCCAAGAAGAACGUAUAAAAAACAUUGAAAAGGGUCUAAAUUACGCUAAAGAAGCUGUACAAAUCGAUCCACAUGAUGGUACUUCAUGGGCUGUACUAGCAAAUGCCCAUUUAGCAUCAUUUUUUGGAAUUACACAGAAUCCGAAAACAUUAAAACAAUGUUUAAGUGCUUACAAUCAAGCUGAAAAAGACAUUGUAGCUAAAAGCAUGCCGGAUUUACAUUAUAAUAAAGCAAUAACUUUAAAAUAUGAAGAAGAAUUUAAAUUAGCUUUGGAAUCGUUUAACGAAUCUUCUUUGUACGAUCCUACGUGGGAUCCUCCAAAAAUAAAGCAAAAGCAAUUAGUGAAAUAUUUAAAAGAUGUUAAUGAGUUGACAAAAACAUCUGGUAAAAUGAAAUUAAAAAAACUUCAACAAUUACUUCAAUCAAUUAAUGAAUCAAAGCAAUUGGGCCCUUUUUCUGGAGGUAGCUACACAUCUACUGUCACCGGGGCGACUGUUAAAUUGAAUGAAGUGAAAUUAAACGAUCUCCAACCUGGUUUAAAUGAAGAAAAAGUCAUUUUGGGUAAAGUUGUAUGUUCGGUGCAUAACGAAGAUACUGUACCUUUUACCUUUUGUAUGGUGGAUAAUGUUGGAAGUUGUGUUGUUGUUACUGUUUAUAAUAUAGCAGAAGGAAAAGGGGUUAUAAUUGGAGAUUCUGUAGCAAUUCCUGAACCUUAUGUAACUGAUGUUGAUUUUGUAUUUGAAGAAAUGGAGUAUAAAUUUCGAUCGAUUCGUGUGGAAACUCCAUUGGUAUUGGUUGUAAAUGGUAAAAAACUGACAAGAGAUAAACAAGCAAGCGUUCAAAUGUCGAUUACAAAGAAGUUUGAAUAACAACAAAAGUGGUUAUUAUAAUAAUAUCAUUGUAUAAUGAGAGCUUCCAAUGUGUUCUUUAAAAAAGUUAUUACUAACAAUUUUUUAAUACCCUAUAAAAAGAUAUUAAUAAAAAAAUGAAAGAAAUUAUUUAUUUAGAUUUUUAGAAAAAGAGCUAGUUUGGACCAAUAAUUGUAUUCCUAAUCUUAAUUAAUAUUAAAUUAAAUUAAUAAACAAACACAAUCACAUCUGUUCGUAAUAAACGCUUUUUUAUAUACGAAA